UAAGCCGUCGAGUACCCGAGUGAUCGAGAUCAUCGUCGAAACUAUCGUGCCUACACGCCCGCUCUUAAUAUCGACCAACGCUAUCACGAUACCGACGGUAAACGCAUUGGUGCCCGAAGCGUACCGAACCAUUUAUUAGCACAGACAUUGGUACAAUACUGGUACUGGUACUGACGCUGAUACUCCACCGUCAUAAUGCGUCAAUAUGGCCGAUGAUUCUUCUACCGACUCUGCUUUCGAUCCCCGUCUUUUUCCUACUUCUCUCACCGCAAACUCGUCCUCCUCAUCGUUACACCUAAUGCCACGAACUAGAAGACUACGUCUACUGGUUGCCGCAAAUGGCCAAAGGGAUGUCGCCUACGCUCAGGCUAUCGCCGUCCGCCUCCUCAAGGAUGCCCAGAUCGAAACCCGUGCCCUGGUCGACGAGAUACCCUUCCGGCUAACUCAUGACAUUAUUGUCAUGGAGAAUAGGAGUUUGGCCACGUUGGCUAUCGAUGCUGACCAGAGGACCAGGGAUGCCAUAGAAUCAGCCAGACAAACCGCUUCUGAACUCGUCGAAUGGGCUGACCUACUCGUCCUAGCCCCUAUCGAUGCCGACCACCUCGCUAAGAUGAUGUCCGGCAUCGCCGACACUACCCUUCUAGAAAUACUAAGAGCGUGGGAUGUUUCCAAGAAGAUUCUGCUAGUACCUGGCAUGUCGAGGCAGAUGUGGGAGAACCCCAUGACGAAGAAGCAGCUUAGCAAAAUCAAGCGCAAAUGGAAUUGGGUCAAGGUUAUGGCCCCUGUAUUAUGGCAUUACGAGGGACAGAGCGCGCAUAAGCGAACAGUAGCAUGGGAUGGAUUCAACGACCUUGUCGGCAUAAUAAAAAACCAAGCAGAGUUGAUGAGCCUAGGACAUGAUGUCGAAGUUGCCACCCAACAGGCCUUGCAUACAACCGCUACUGGUCGGUCCACCAAGACCUUACCGCCGGAGAUAUGGUCCAUUAUAUUCGAACACGUCGGCGACUGGGAAUUGGCUACGGCUCUUAACAUAUUUACGAAUUUGAAGACCCCACCGGAAUGGAGAACUGAUCGUGCGGCCCUAUCUGACCCUAUGGAGUUAUACAUACAUGAUCUCGAGUGGUUGAUUCUCUCGUGCCCCGGAACGGAAGCGAUCUGUCAAAAACUCUCAGAAGCGCCCAAGGGACUCCGCUUCGUGUCUUAUUUGGCGGUAAAACUUAUCAUUAAGUUUUCGCUUACGGAUGUCCUCACCUACCUAGAAACACAUCUCAGCAAGGUCUUCUGGGCGUCCUUCAGCUCCAAACUAUUGCCGAACAAGGCUUCUGGAGUAUAUGGGAGGAUAGAUAUUCUCGAUUGGUGGAACACGUCUCCUUCGUUUCUGAAGAAGGAAUAUGACGCCGAAGCAUUAGAUAACGCUUCGCGUAUGGGUUACGUUCACGUUUUGGAUUGGUGGCUCCGCUCUGGCCUCACGCUUAAGUAUACUGAGGCAGCGCUGGAGUCGGCCUCAGCAAAAGGACACCUUCUUGUCUUGGAAUGGUGGAGGGAUGCCGCGUUGAAACACGAUAACAUCCCGCUCAAACCUGGUCGUAGUCUCCUCACUGCCGCUCAGUAUGGGCAGACGGCAGUACUACGUUGGUGGGAAAGUUCGGGAAUUCCGGCAGCUCAUAGCGAGGGCGUCUGCAAGAUCGCCAGCGCGCACGGACAGACUGCGGUACUAGACGUGUGGCGGGAACUCAAGGGGGAUAAGCUGUCCUUUGACUCUCAGGUGUUAGUCGCGCCGACGAAACAAGGGUACGUCGAUGUGUUGGAAUGGUGGAAGCAAUACGCCCGGGGGGAGUACCAAGUCGAUGGGAGAACGCACAGGGUGGAAUAUAAAACUUGCGAUAUCGAGGAGGCGCUCGAGGAUGCCAUCGGAGAUCCUAGACCGGUCCGCAGAUGGUGGGCUCGAAACGGCUUGAACCUAGGACUGGGCACGAACGAGUGGAUGAAGAUCAGACGGCUAUAAUUAUAACUACGAGUAUGGUUGUAUGGUUGGCAAUUCGUGUGUAUAUGUAUGGUCGUGUAUAUGUUGAUAAUAUAUGAAGUAAAAGUCCAAGGUAACUAGAGGUGAUAUGGGGGUGUAUCUUGGAUAUGUGUGUGAUUUUAAUAUGACAUGGUUUUCCCUAUUUGGAUUUGAUGUAUGGCCGGUUUAGAUGCAGAGUAUAUCGCAGUGCCACGAUGCUUACCUAUUUAAUGCGUAGCCCCUUUUCCUAGCAAAUUCCUUUUCA